CUAGUUUAAAGUACUAGCGAAAAAAUAAAGAAAUUCAAUAAAAAAAAAGUAGAAAACCAUCCUCUUCUCCUCGUCCCCUCGGCGUCGACUCUCGUCUCGUUCCCUCCCGCCGAGUUCUCCCGCCGCCGCGCCGAUCUUCCGCGAGCAGGGGCGCCGUCGUCCUGCUGGUUCCGCCGCAUCCUCACCGUGUGGAAAGCAAGCUCUAUGAAAUUGAUGCAAAAUUAGGAAUUUUACAACUGCCGUCGUAUACCAAAAUUCAUUUUGUAUUAAUGCUAUACCAUCUAACUGGGUACAAAGGAAUAAUCAAGAAAGCGAGAUGGAUGAGCCAUCACCAUCAUAUUCAUCUUCCUCUGGUGGGAAAAAGAAGCGGCCAUGCUCUCCUAGUGACAGUGAUCAGCAUCCAGUACACAGAACCCAAAUCUACACAAGCCUCGAGGAUACUCUUACAUUCAGUGAUACCAUGAUUGCUCUUCAAUUGAUGCGCACACAAUUCCCAAAGCUAGAGAAGGUUGUGACCGAACCAUUCAUUUUGCAGUCACAAUUGUAUAGUAGCGUGAAGGACAGGACGCAAGUUGAUAGAGACCUUGAGUCCUUGAAGAAAGACAAAGUAUUACGUGUAUUCAAACUCAAUACUGGGCAGGAUGAUCAUGCAAUCAUGUUCAUGGAUGAUUAUCUGAAACAGAUGGCAUUAGCAGUGAAGAGGUCAAUGGGUAAAGACCAAGAUGGUACUGAAGUUUUUGAGUGGUUUGAGAGACAUGUUAUUCCUUCGAAGCUUGACGUUAGCAUUGAUCAGUGUGAACUGUGUUCUCUGUUAUCACUUGGAGGUGAUGUAACUGACAAAGAUAUCACAUUACUUAUGAAUGCUGGUCUCUUAACUCGUCAAUUAAUUGAUCCAAACAUGUACUGGUUUUCUAUACCAAGUAUUGGUCCCGUCUUGAAAGGCCUAACCCAGGGAAGGAAGGAAAUUCUUUCACUAUUGAACCGCAAGAAGUACAAGGAGAUGCUGCUCUCUUCACUGGAGAAGACAAGAUUACGGUUUUCACCUCUUGAUGUGCGCUUCCAUAUUCGCGACUUAAUUGGAUCUGGGCAGAUAAAAACAGCUCAAACACCAACUGGUUUACUUGUUCGCAUAUCAAAAGAUUGAUAAACUUGAUUGUUUAUUGUUUGUUUGUUGCUUUGAUGCAGUCCCCUUGUAAUUGCCAGUUUGCCAGCAUGAAAAACUUCUGAUACAUCUUUUAGAAAUAUUGGAUGGCACUGAUUGUUA